AUGGCCACCAAGCGUCGCGGAGCGGCAGCGCUGGCGGCGGCGAAGCGCGGGAGGCGCGAGGGGCGCGCGGAGCUCUGCGCGGCCCUCGGGGACGCGGCGCUGCGGGAGCGCGCAGGGGCGGCCUGGGCCCGCGGGGAGCGGCUCCGGCACGAUGCGGUGGUGCUGGAGCCGGCCCCGUUCCGGCACGGUGUCAUUCCCGGUUUUCUGGCGGGCUCGGCUUUCGCGGAGGCGCUGCGGGAUGAACUGCUGGGUCUCGAUUUCCGCGGGCGGCGCAACGACCUCCUCUCGCUGCAGCAGUCCGAGGAGCUGGGGGCAAGCCCGGAGCCCCACGUCGCUGCCCUGAGGCGUGCUCUGUGUGAAGAAUUCCAAGUGUGGCUUUCUGCUGUGACCCAGAUAGAGCUGGAGCCAACUAUUGACAUAUCCUGUGCUAAAUAUGAAUAUACUGAUGUGUUGCUGUGCCACGAUGAUGAGCUGGAAGGUCGCAGAAUCGCCUUCAUCCUGUACCUCGUCCCACCCUGGGAGAAAAGUGAUGGGGGAACGCUGGAUCUGUACAGCACAGAUGAACACUUUCAGCCACAGCAGAUCACCAAGUCAUUAGUGCCUUCAUGGAACACCCUGGUUUUCUUUGAAGUGUCUCCAGUCUCUUUCCACCAGGUGUCAGAGGUUCUGUCACAGAAGUGCCGUCUGUCCGUGAGCGGUUGGUUCCACGGCCCCUCCGUGGCCAGGCCUGCACGGCACAUUGAAGCCCCCUUGGCCAGGAGCCCACACAUCCCCUGUGAUCAUGAAAUAUUGUAUGAGUGGAUCAAUCAAGUUUAUUUGGACCUGGACUCCCAAGCUCAAAUCCAGGAGGAAUUUGAGGAGCGAUCAGAAAUUCUCCUGAAAGACUUUCUUAAGAAAGAGAAAUACCAACUACUGUGUGAAGCAUUGGAGAACAAAGAGAUCCAGUGGAGUAGUCGGGGGCCAGCCAAUAAAAGACUCUAUGAGGCAGCAGAGGAAGACAGCCUCCCAGACACCCUGAAGAAAUUCCUGCAGCUGCUGCGCUCUGAGGCCUUAUUUUUACUGCUUUCCAACUUCACUGGCCUAAAACUGCACUUCCUGGCUCCCUCUGAUGAGGAUGAAGACGCUGGGGAGGGACAAGCAGCAGACACCAGUGGGCACAGCAGUCCCAAACCUGAGCAGGAAGAGGCUGAACAACCAGUUACUGGCAAUUCCCAUCAGCCACACCAGCCUGAGAGCAGCCCUGAAGCACAGGACAGUGAGACACAGAGCAGCUCGGGCAGCCCUGUGUGUGCAGGGGAGCUGCGGCGCUGGACCCACGGGCACUACACUCUGGUCCAUGACUCUCAAGCCACAGAAUUUGUUCUUGACCUGCUCUUCUUCUGUGGCUGUGAAGACUGGGAUCCUGAAUAUGGUGGCUUUACUUCCUACAUUGCUAAAGGUGAAGAUGAAGAGCUGUUGACAGUGAAUCCAGAGGACAACUGCUUGGCCUUAGUUUAUAGAGACAAAGAAACGAUGAAGUUUGUGAAAUACAUCAACCAUCGAAGCUUGGCACGCCUGAACAAGCAUCCAAACAAAACAGGAUUUUGGGACUUUUCCUUUGUCUAUUAUGAGUGAUGGUGUGGUGUGACCACUGUCACAGAGAACAGUAGUGGGUGCUGGGCAGGUUCCCACACAGACAUCCAGCUCUGACCUAAGCACAGACAAACUUUGCUCAUGCAACUCCAUCAUGCUGCAUAAUGUGGGGGCAGGUGGGUUUUUUAACUGCAAAAAGGGGAAUUCAGUCUUCUCCUGAGUCCAUUGUAGCACACUCUCAACUGCUUUUAAUGCUCUGUGGGUGAGGUUGUCACACAGCUGUCACCUUUCCAGCCGUUCUCUCGUGGGAGCAGCACAGUGGCAUCUCUGACCCACCAGGGUGAGAAUUACAACUGUCCAUUGCCCCAGGCUGCUGACUGAUUUUAUUAAAAAAAAAAAAAAAAAAAAAGGAAAUGGGUCAGUUAAAUGUUUCAUACUUGGUCAAGCAAGUUUUGUAAGAAAAUGCCCAAGACAUUUUCAGGGGCUUAACUGUGUUCCUGAGACAAAAAUAAAGGAGCCGCCAUGGGAAAUAUGAGGUUUUUCCAGCUGCACAACUCUGUGGAGUUGGGAAGGAAGACAGUGAGGCUAUAAAGGCAUUGGGAAGGACUUGGCACCAUAACAAGGAGCAGGACUUCAUUAUGCUAAAUGCUGUGUAGACAGAUGCAGCCAUUUGCCAAAGAAUUUACAGCUUAACAGCCAUGAAGAAACCUGCUCCUGCACAGUGUCCUUGGGUGGGUGUGCAGAUUGCUCUGAGCUCCAGCCUCAGUACAGGGGCCAAGGACUGAGAGCAGGAAUGAGGCAACUUACCUUUUACUGGCUUGGUGUCCACAGGUAGUAGGGAGGUCACCAAACAGCAUGGCCUUGUGUCCUUUUUGUUAUGUCCUGGGAUCUCCUGAGUUUUAACAUGGCUUCUGUCACUGGAGAUCAGCUCAGGUGUUUUAGGCAGCAGCCAGCCAAGUCCUGUGGUAAACACUGCAGGAAAGGCAGUGAGUGUGGCCCUGGUGCAACACCUCCCUGCACAUAUUCAAUACUGUGCACCUGCCCCACGUUCACUGCAAGCAGGACUGUGCCAGACUCACCUCUGAGGUGUCCAGCCCACCAAGGGUGCAGCAGAGCUGUAGCAAUGCUUCAGGAGACAGCCAGAGUGCAGAACACACUGCUGGAGGCUCAGCCCUGGUCUGCACCUGCUUGCCUGGAACUUUGUUCUGUCACUCAGAGGCAGGUGUUCCUGCAGCUCAGGCAAGCCAGAGUGCAGGCCAUGGGCUUGCAGUGCAUGUUUCAUUGCUCCUG